GGUGAUUAUAAAGUUGCAUCUUGCUAUAGAGUAUAGUGCUAGCUGUGCUGCUGUGCAUUCAAGGCCAGCCAAUUACUAAUAGCUAGGGCUCAUGUACUAGCCGGAGAGCGAUCGAGAGAGCUAGAUCGAGAUUGUGGUGGCAUUGUAGUGAGUGCAGCCAACGUAGUUCAGCGGAACAACCAAAAUACAGAGACUGAAGAGUUUUGGUCUAGACCCGGGUGUCUAGACUAGAGUUUGACUUACCUGUCUUCCCUGGCUUCAACUUGCUCAUCUGCAUGCACUACUCAACUCAGUAGAACAGAUCAAGUCUGACUCUGAGCUGAGCUUGGUUUCGGGGCUUGGUCUGACUGACGUGUAAGUGAAGCGAAGUUCUUGUGGAAAUGGCCAUGUCUUCAUCUGAAGUGGCAAACUCCAGCUCCAAAGAUGGGCCUAGAUCUGGAAGUGGAAGUGGAAAAACAGCUGAAGCGCUUGUUGGUAAACUAGAUCCCAGUGUUGACCCGAUGAUCAUUAAAUCAACUUUGAAGAACAUUAGAGAGAAAAUUCACAAUUCCAAGCAAUUUUACAAAGAGUUUCUAGUCAAGUUUUAUUCAUCGGAUGGAGGGAGCAAACUGCUUGAAAUCUUGAAAGAAAAGACCGAAGAUGAAGAGCUUGUUGACCUUUCUGUCAGUGUAUUGGCUACUUGUUGUUUAGAUCAAAACAAUGCUGAGCAGGUCAAAGAUUGUUCUGGAAUUGCAAUUAUUGCCUCAGUCCUCCGGCAUUAUUCAAAAUCCUCCAUCAGCAUUACAAACAGAUGUGCAAGGGCUCUUGCUAAUCUUGCCCGAAGCACAGACAUUGAAGAUAAUCUGGAAGAAGAUGUUAUACCAAUCCUGGUCCAUGCGCUCGAUGUCACUGAAGAUAGUGGCUGUUGCCAUAGCCUGCUCCGAGUCCUCAAGAUAUUUGCCUCAAGUAAAGACAAAACUAUCCUCUGGAAUAUCAUUGGAUGUGGAGGACUGCGUGUUGUUUGUGAAAAGUCCAAGUCAAAAGAUAGCAAACUUGUUCUCUUGGCAGUUGAAACUGCCGUAGCCCUCACUGCACCAUUUGACAAACGGAAGUUACGCUGUGCCCUGACACUACCUGCAGCUGCAGCAAAUCCUGUUCUGGAGAAUGAUAGUCUGUCCAAUCUCUUUGACCUUCUAUCACACCAUAAACCAGAGGUACAAUAUAACUCUUGGGAGUGCAUAGGUAAUCUGAUGUCCAGUGAUAUUGGAAGAGCAGCACUCGGGAAUGCAGGAUUUGUCAAGUUUUACCUGGCAACGGCCAAGAAUGAAGACGUCAAGAAAUCUGUCAGGGAACGGUGUGCCCAGUACCUUUGCCUCUGCUGCCAGGAAUCUGUGAACAGAGCCAAGAUGUCAGAACUUGAUGGUUUACAGUUUCUCAUUGAUCUUAUAAGUGGUGAUUUAGAUUCUCUUCCAGAUGUCCCUUCUGCUCUGGUGAUUGCUGCCAUAGCUGAAUUUCGUUAUGAUGCCAGUUCUAUGGAGCAGUUUGCUAACAAUAAUCUUGUGAAGGUACUCAUUCAACAUCUUCAGAAGAAAGUAAAGGAACAGAGAGAGCAACCAGAUGAAGAUGAAGAAAAAGCAUCAGGAAUGGAAGAAGAUGAAUCUAUGGAGAGAGGAGCCAGAAAAAGAAAGAGAAAAAGACAAAGGGGUAGCUCAAAGAGAACCAGACUCGAUUCUAAUUUGGAAGAUUCCGAUACUCACACUGGUAUUGAAGUUGACAAACAUCUCUUGAAUCCAACAAUAACAAUACCUCAGCCACUGACCAAAGAUUGUGAUGAUGGUUUAUCACCGCAGUAUUCAGCCCACUGGUAUCCAGAGAGCCCAAGACUUUCACCACCCCCUCACAACUUAGCAGGGUCAUCACCAUCAAAGUAUUAUACCUCAGGCCUCUCACCACCAAGAGCUCAUUUCAGUACAUCCCCACCUCACAUACACCAACCCACUUACCAGUUUCCCUCAUCUAUGAUGUCUCCACCCAAGAGUGACAGUGCUUCUCCAGGGAGUAGUCCGUCUUAUUUUUAUGGCCCAUCAUCUCCUCAGAAAUUCUUUGGUUACUCAGAAGAAAUCUUUAGUCCUGUGGUGAGCGAAGAAUCAGACAUUGAUACUAAUUCAAACACCAGCUCAGAAAGUUGUAAUAGUACAGAUGGAGAAGACAAGGGGGUUAAUUUAGCAGGAGGUAGGACUAGGUCACUGAUGCAGCAUGAUGAUGGGCAGCAAAGUGGAAUGUUGGCACAGGCAACAAGAAAAUUGACCCUGUCGAAAUGUGACACAGCAAGUUUGUCAAAACCUGAAGAUACUUUAUCUAUCCAUGUUGUCACUGGAUCAAUAAUGGAAGUUGAGAAAACGGGAUCUGAAGCAGAGGUCAAAGGAACUACCAAGGCCGGCAACCAGUCACUGUCCCCUUCACCUAACCCAUCAACAUCCUGCUCCAGAAGACCAAAGAAUCCUGUCCCUAGGGCUAUGAGAAUUCCUUCAUCUCCAAGGACGAGCUUUAGCUUUGAUCUCCCCGAUGGAGAGAGGACACCCACAAAACAACCCGAGACACGGCCAAAGCGCAGACAAGAGGAAGAAAACAUUUUGCUAAUCCUUCAAGAAGUGAUACUCCUUCACCAAAUCCCCUCAAUCAUGUUCAUCACUAAAGAAUGCUCUGUUGAAACCCUGCUUCACUUUGCAACUGUGGACACAGUGGCCAGAGACAGAGCCAAUGUGCUACUCAAGGAUUUACUUUCUUCCAGAUUAUUCUAUGACAAACUGAUGUCUCACAACAUUCCAUUUCUUGUCUAUAGGUCUCUAACAGCUAAAGAAAGACAAUGUAGACGGAUUGAAAAUCAGCAACCUGCCAGCAGGAUCGCAGGAUCCAUCGGUGAUAAAGACAAAAGUCUAUAUGAGAGACAGCGGAGCAGGAUACAGGAGUAUCUAGAUAUCUUAAGGGACAUUGGUGAAAGCUCGUUUGGGCGGAAGGAGAUGGAACAUGUUCUGAGAGAACAACAGAAGGAAAGGAAACUCUCUGCUGCUUUGUCAUUACCGUAUCUUUUCAGGUGUGGAAGAACACUUAGGGGCCUCAUUGUGGAUUGUGAGAUAAUACAACAGAUGUUGAGUCAUUUUCAGGACCAGUCAUCCAAAGACUUGUUGAGAAAAGCAUGUCAUAGCCUGAGUCAUACAUCACGUUCAUUACUUCCACAAUGGGAAGAAUUUCGGGAUCGGCACUUCUCUCUUGACGCCCAGUCAGCACCUGAUGAAGUCAUGAUGACACAGUCUAAAGAGGGUGAUAUGGCUAGUAGCAAUGAUUGUGAUGAAUGUCUCUACAUGGCUCAGGAACAUCUAAGCGACCUGGACCUUGUCUGCAAAAAUGGAGAAACCCUGAAGGCAAGUCAGCAAGUUUUGUCUGCAAGAUCUGAAUACUUUGCAUGUCUCUUGACUGGACAGUUCCUGGAAGCAGGUCAGAAGUCAGUAAAACUUGGAAGCUUUCAAAUCAAGAGCCUAACUUGUGUAAUUCAUAGUCUGUAUGACUGCCACCCUCAACAAUGUAGAACCCUUCGCAACCUUAUCGGAGAAACAAUGGAAAGUCUUCUGGAUAUCAUUGCAGUGGCCAAGUUCUGCAUGACUUCAAAGAACAGUUUACAUCAGUCAGGAUCAUCUGAUUACUGUUUGUUAGAACAAUGGGUUACUCAUAUCAUACUCCAUCGCAAUUUGGUAGAUCGGACUGUGUGCCGUCUCAUAAACUUCGCUGCACUUCAUAACUGCCAGAAGCUCCUUGAAUGUUGCCUACUCUUUGUACUUUGUAGACGUUCUAGACUGCGUAAACACCUCAGGGUUCUCCUUGCUUCACAACUUGGUGACCAAAUCAAACACUGUAUUGUUGAACUGUUCCAGAAUCCUUGAAUACAUAUCUUAGGGCAGAUCUUAGUUUGAUUUUUCAUCUGUCAUGAUUCUAAUAUACCAUCAGUAAAAUAAAAUGUAGGAGAUUUAGUUUAAUGGUAGUUUAGAGCUUUUUGAUAUUAAGGUAUAAUGAGCUUCAAGCCUUGAUUUAAAUAUUAGUCCUAAAAAAUAUGGCACUUAAACUGGUAAUAUUCAAUAUAAGCAAUCCGCCUACACACUCCCCAAAAUAUAUUUGAUCUACAUGCAGGACUUGGGAAAAUCAGACAAUGCAGGGUUCUGCAUUGAACAUGUCACUUUUAUAAGUGAAUGUUUAUAAUACACCAACAAUUGAGGAGCACUUUGAGCAGUCAUAGAUUGAUAAAGCACAAUAUAAAAGUCAAUCAUUAUUAUUAUAUUAUCUAUUGCAGUCAGAGCUAAAACAACAAACACCACUAACUAAAGCCUCAUAUUGAGAGAACACCGUCAAUAAAAUUAAUCAGUUAAACUUGGCACCAAAUAAUCUGUUCAAGAUUAUUCAGAAUUCUAUUUAGAAUUCCUUAUCAAAUCACAUUCUCUUGAUAAUACAUGUCAAUAACAUAUCAAUGGCAGCAAAACGGUCUAUUACUCUGCCUUUAACAAAUUUAAGUUAGUUGCUCUUACGAAUAAGCGUUGAACUGGUGAAAUUAUGUAACAUAAUCCUGUAGAUAAUUUGCAAUGCAGGAUAUAUACAAUCUAUCAUUGACAUUUGACUUUGGUUCAGAUUUCUUCAUUUCUUUUCUCAUUUAUUCAUAUUCUAAUAAAACAGGCUUGAAGGCAAAACACUUAUAUUGUAGUAUGACGUAUAUGUAAUAUAAGACUAAAUAUUAGAAUUCACAAUUACUACUGACAUUGUUUACACCAUACAAAUUUUGAUUUUUAACUUAUAUGUGCAUUCAUACACAAUCUUUGAAUAUAUUUAUUUGUUAGAUCAGCUUUGAAAAUGUAUGUCUAAAGGGCAUUAGACAAUUCAAUACAAUAUUGCUCUAAACAUUAAGUUUUAAGACAUGCAUUGUUUUGUUAAAGGUAAAGUUCACUCUUUUAAUGAAUGUUUAGGUAAAAUCAAUUAAUUAUUGACUUUAAUGAAUCAUAUGCGAGCAGCUACAUGUACACCUUAUGUCAUGGGAUUCAUUAUUUCGUAUAUUAAAUGCUCCAAUGAAAAACAUUUUCGCCCAUCAUGAACAAUAAAAACAAUUUGGCAUAUAAGCAAAAAGAAGAAGCUUCAUGCAUGUGAUGUCACAAAAGCAUCAGAAUGAUUUUGAUCAAGCCUUUGUUUAUGUGUAUCUAUUCAAUCAGAAUUGAUGUCAGAAUGAAUUAUCAGUGUCCUCACUUUUUUCUGUAAUCUGUAAAAGGGCAUAUUUUAUUUUUUCCCUUGUGAUAAAAUUCAUUGGUAUAUUUUAUGUAAUGUGCAUUCCUUCUUGAGAUGGAAUUGAAACAUUCUUUAGGUAUUUAUAA